AGAAGAAUCACUUCCGGUUCACUAAACAACAACAAAAAUGGCGGCUUUAGCUUCAGACGAAAUCCAACGUCUUGAGUAUUUAUCUCUGGUGUCGAAGGUUUGCACGGAGUUGGAGAAUCAUUUAGGGAUAAGUGAAAAAGACUUAGCUGAAUUCAUCAUCAGCCUCGCAGAAACACAUCCAACGUUUGAAGAGUUUAAAGCUGUUCUUUGUCAAAAUGGAGCAGAUUUUACUGAUACACUCACUGGGAAUCUACUCAGACUUAUUCACACUAUGCGACCCACAGCAUCUACAAGUAAAGCUCAUCAAACAGAGACCAAACCACCAAGUGAGAGGGACAAGCUGAAGGUGAAAUACCCAGCUUUAUGUAAACCAGAUGAUCCUGUGUGGAUGAUUUCUCCACCACAUAAAGACAAAGAUGAUCAGCAGGUCGCAGCAGCAGCCAUGAAGGAGCUGGAGAUGCUGAUGCCAAGCUUCGGUGGGCCGAGCUCUGAUAACAGGUCAGCCCAGCCUCUGCAGGGUGACAGAGGUCGAGACACUGACAGAGAUGGCGGUCGUAAACGCAGCAGAUCAAGAGAACGUGAUGGAGAAGCAAGCACUAAGCCUAAAAGGAAACGGGUGUCUCGCUGGAGUGACCAUCCACCAAGCCCUCCAAGAGACGGUGACAGCAGCAGCAACAACAACAACAAGGAUGACAGCAACAACAACAACAACAACAAGAAGGAUGACAGAGACUCAGACCGAUGGUGUGAUAGACGUGUGGAUAGACCGCUGCCAGAGGAGCCGGUCGUGGGCGACAUCUAUGUUGGCAAAAUCAGCAGUAUCAUGCAGUUUGGCUGUUUUGUGCAGUUAGAAGGUCUCAGAAAACGCUACGAAGGCUUGGUACACAUCUCUGAGCUGCGCAAAGAAGGACGUAUAGCCAACGUGGCUGAUGUGGUCACCAAAAGCCAAAAAGUGAAAGUCAAGGUGCUUUCAUUCACUGGAACCAAAGCCAGCCUCAGCAUGAAGGAUGUGGACCAGGAGACAGGUGAAGACCUGAACCCAAACAGGAAAAGGCACCUGGAUGCUGCAUCUGCAUCUGGAUCUGGAGAGGAGGCCAUGAGGAACCCUGACCGCCCUGUGGAAGCCAGCAUGCUGGAAUUAGAGGAAAGCACAACAGAUCGCAAACGGCUCACUAAGAUCACCGACCUGGAGAAAUGGGAAAUCAAACAGAUGAUUGCAGCCAACGUGCUUCCCAGAGAAGAGUUCCCUGAAUUUGAUGAGGAGACGGGAAUCCUUCCCAAAAUAGACGAUGAUGACGAUGAAGACCUGGAUGUUGACCUGGUUGAAGAGGAGCCACCUUUCCUGAGAGGACAGACCAAAUUUAGCACCAACAUGAGCCCAGUCAAAAUAGUAAAGAAUCCAGAUGGCUCCCUCUCUCAGGCGGCCAUGAUGCAGAGUGCUCUGUCUAAGGAGAGGAGAGAGCUGAAGCAGGCGGCUCGUGCAGCAGAGAUGGACUGCAUCCCGACCGGUCUCCACAAAAACUGGGUGGACCCGAUGCCUGAUUAUGAAGGAAGGCAGAUCGCUGCCAACAUGAGAGGCAUUGGUGCGAUGCCGCCCGAUCUCCCGGCGUGGAAACGAUACGCCUUCGGAGGGAACCAGGUGUCGUACGGCAAGAAGACCGAGCUCUCCAUCCUGCAGCAGAGAGAGAGCCUGCCUAUCUACAAGCUGAAGGAGCAGCUGGUUCAGGCUGUCCACGACAACCAGAUCAUGAUCGUAGUUGGAGAAACCGGUUCUGGUAAGACCACGCAGAUCACCCAGUACCUCGCAGAGGCCGGGUACACCGCCCGGGGUAAGAUCGGCUGUACGCAGCCUCGUCGUGUGGCCGCCAUGUCCGUGGCCAAGAGAGUCUCUGAGGAGUACGGCUGCCGUCUGGGUCAAGAGGUUGGCUACACGAUCCGUUUUGAGGACUGCACCUGCACAGAAACCGUAAUCAAGUACAUGACUCACGGCAUGCUGCAAAGGGAGUGUCUGAUCGACCCGGACAUGAGCCAGUAUUCCCUCAUCAUGCUGGACGAGGCCCAUGAGAGGACCAUCCACACUGAUGUUCUGUUCGGCCUUCUCAAAAAGACGAUACUGAAACGCAAAGACCUGAAGCUGAUUGUGUCAUCAGCGACUCUGGACGCAGUGAAGUUCUCCCAGUAUUUCUUUGAAGCUCCCAUCUUUACCAUCCCAGGAAGGACGUUUCCAGUUGAGGUCCUGUACACCAAAGAGCCUGAGACGGACUACCUGGAUGCCAGCCUCAUCACUGCCAUGCAGAUUCAUCUAACCGAGCCUCCAGGUGACAUCCUGGUGUUUCUGACGGGACAGGAGGAGAUCGACACGGCUUGUGAGAUCCUGUAUGAGAGGAUGAAGUCUCUGGGGCCGGAUGUUCCUGAGCUCAUCAUUCUGCCGGUCUAUUCUGCUCUGCCCAGUGAGAUGCAGACCAGGAUCUUUGACCCUGCACCUCCAGGCAGCAGAAAGGUCAUCAUCGCCACAAACAUCGCAGAGACGUCUCUAACUAUCGAUGGAAUCUACUACGUGGUGGACCCCGGCUUUGUCAAACAGGUCGUGUAUAAUUCCAAGACGGGCAUUGAUCAGCUGGUGGUGACUCCCAUCUCACAGGCUCAAGCCAAGCAGAGGUCCGGUCGAGCCGGGAGGACAGGCCCCGGGAAGUGUUACAGGCUCUACACAGAGAGAGCCUACAGAGACGAGAUGCUGGUCUCUAAUGUCCCUGAGAUCCAGAGGACCAACUUGGCCAGCACUGUGCUCUCUCUGAAGGCCAUGGGCAUCAACGACCUCCUUGCUUUCGACUUCAUGGACGCUCCUCCCAUGGAGACUCUGAUCAUAGCCAUGGAACAGCUCUACACUCUGGGCGCACUGGAUGACGAAGGCUUACUCACACGGCUGGGAAGAAGGAUGGCUGAGUUUCCUCUGGAGCCCAUGCUGUGUAAGAUGCUGAUCAUGUCCGUCCACCUCGGCUGCAGUGAAGAGAUGCUCACCAUCGUCUCCAUGCUGUCUGUGCAGAACAUCUUCUACAGACCCAAGGACAAGCAGGCCCUCGCUGAUCAGAGAAAGACAAAGUUCUUCCAGCCUGAAGGAGACCACCUCACCCUGCUGGCCGUCUACAACUCCUGGAAGAACAACAAGUUCUCCAACCCCUGGUGCUUCGAAAACUUCAUCCAAGCUCGCUCCUUGAAGAGAGCCCAGGACAUCCGUAAACAGAUGCUGAGCAUCAUGGACAGACACAAGCUGGACGUGAUCACGUGUGGAAAAGCUUCAAUGCGCGUCCAGAAGGCGAUCUGCAGCGGCUUCUUCAGGAACGCUGCGAGGAAGCAUCCCCAUGAUGGAUACCGUACCCUGAUCGACCAGCAGGUGGUGUACCUGCACCCGUCCAGCACGCUCUUCAACCGGCAGCCUGAAUGGCUCGUGUACCAUGAGUUAGUGCUGACCACCAAAGAGUACAUGCGUGAGGUGACCACCAUCGACCCGCGCUGGCUGGUCGAGUUCGCCCCGGCGUUCUACAGAGUCGGGGACCCGACUCGUCUCAGCCGGCAGAAGAGGCUGCAGAAACUAGAACCUCUCUACAACCGAUACGAGGAACCGAACGCCUGGAGGAUCUCCCGUGCCUUCAGACGACGCUGAAGAGCCACCGUGCCUUAGACUAACCCCGUCUGAACACCAGGUGGACAAACUCCCUAACACACAUACUGACCCAGCCGGCUAACGGCUGAACAGACACUUUGGAGUUCAAUGUUAUUAUAACAACCUGUUAGCAGAAAUACGGUAAUCAAACCUUCAUUAUUCAUCUCACUGAAUGGCCUCUUAAUAUUUAAAUGGUCAGUAAUCCUUCAUUUUGCCUUCUUGGGGAUGUCAUUACCAGAGUCAGGAGGAAAACCUGAAGUUAUGAGCGUUACUUGUGUUGUAUUUUCUAUGAAACCGUUCACCUUUGGUUAUUUUCAGUUUGACUUUUAGCUGAAAACUUGAUAUUUGUUUUUGAUAAUCGCAGAUAAACACUGACCGCACUUUUAAAUGCUGCUGCCUCUGAAUUAUUCCUUCUUGUCUGCAUGGAUAUGAGCAAAUAUGGAACUUAUUUUAUUGUUUGUUUGGACCAAAAAUAGAUUUUCAAACAGA